CUAAACCCAAACUGCUAUGGUACUUGCACAAUGUAGCACCUAUUUUAAUUGAUUUCUGAAUUUCCUGAUGAUGAUUUUCUGAAGACAAUGGACAUUUAUGCAAGACUAUGGACCUGACAGUACUAGACACACACAUGAAUAACAACAAAGAACAGUCCCUUAGCCCGUCGCCGCCGCCGCCGCCUAUUACUACUACUACUACUAAGGCCACACUGUCCACCACAGUCGCAGAGGCUCCAGCUGAAAUGAUCAAACACCAACCCCAGGAACAUCCCAAAAGGAUAUUGCGAUGCUCCAAGUGCGGCCGUCCAUACAUGGGUCACAGUCUACCCAGAGGUGUUAUGUGUACUCUGGAGCCUGAUCCUGAACAACUCCACUUGCUACAACACCAUCGUCAGCAAGCAUUGGCUGUUAGGAAGGAGCUCAGGAAGAAGAGGGAUGCAGAAAGACAGAGAACGCCAGAAGCCCAUAGACGAAAACGAAACAGACUUCCUGAUGCACUAACCACAGCCAAACGCAACAAACUUGCAAUUAAUCACAUCGAACAGUGCCCUCCUCCUAAGGCCACACUGUCCACACUUGACCACGAUUCAGAGGCAACAGCUGAAACGAUCAAACACCAACAACAAGAUGCCAAAAGGAUAUUGCGAUGCUCCAAGUGUGGCCGUCCAUACAUGGGUCACAGUCAACCCAUAGGUGUCAUGUGCACUCUGGAGCCUGAUCCUGACGAACUCCGGUUACUACAACACCAUCGUCAGCAAGCGUUGACCAUUAGGAAGGAGAGGGAUGCAGAAAGAAUCAGAACGCCAAAAGCAUUAGCUGCAGCAAAACUAAAAAAACUCACACCAGAUUAUGCUGUCCAACGAAAGAAGUACCAGCAAUCAACAAGAAAGAGACAACUCGCUCCAAAAUACAAGAUGGCCUGGACUCCGCCAGAAGAGAAAACUACUGCCACAUCUUUCAUUGAUAGUAUUCCCAACAUGACUGAGCAAUGUGCCAACUGCAAGGCUCUCAUGUUCCCCUGGGAAUCUAGCAAAAUCAUAAUCCUCGAUAACAGACCAAUGAAAGUGUUUUCAAAGUGUUGUGACUAUGGAACAAUAAAACUCAAACCCUUCGCAAAUCCAACACCUGCUCUUCAGACAUUGUUUAAUUCCCCAAAUUUCCUGCAGAACAUACGACAGUAUAAUAACUUGGUCUCCAUGUCAUCAAAAAACUUCACAGGAAAAGUUGAGGACUACCACGGACGUGGCCGUGGCCCCCAAACCUUUAAAAUCAGUGGCCAGAUGUACCAUCUCACACCCAAUCUCUUCCCUUUGUCCGGACAAACCCCAAAGUUCUCACAAAUAUUCGUGUAUGACCAGGAACAUGAAACUAACACCCGAAUGAACAUUUCCAAGGGUGCUGGGUCCAUUGAUAAGACAAUUCUAACUGUCAUCCAAUCAGAACUCUCCUCUGUCAAUCCUUAUGUCCACAUUUACAAGAAUGCUGCCAAAGUCUUUCAAGAAAACCCACACAAAGACCUUAGGAUGGUUUUCAAAGCUAAAGGAUCUAUCGGAGCCACUAGAAAGCACCACAACCCUGAUGUACCAGAUAUCGUCUUCCUGGCACCAGGCGAGCACACUGAACCAAGAGAUGUCGUCAUUUACCGAGACAGCAGCUGCCAUCCAAAACAGAAUGACACCAUCCACAUUAAUGAACAACAUCCUAUGUACGACCCAACCUCCUACCCUCUCAUAAUGCCUCAUGGUGAAAGUGGCUUCAGCUUCGAAUGCAACCUCACAAAAUCCAAUGGCAAGAAGCUAACAGCCCUUCAGUUCUUCCGUUUCCAUCUCCAGGUCAGGGACGGCAGCUUCAAUACUCUCCACAAAGCCAAGAGACUUGCACAGGAGUACCUUUGUGACCAGUGGCAGAAAAUAGAAAAAGAACGUUUACAGUACAUCAAGUAUAACCAGGACAGCCUCCGAGUGGAACAGUACAGAGGUCUAGCUGAUGCUCUCAGCCAAGCCAGAAACAACACUGAGCAAACUGAACUGCAAAGACUGGGACAGCUCACAGUCCUUCCAUCAUCCUUCACGGGAAGUCCACGGUACAUGUACAAACACUAUCUAGAUGCCCUCGCCAUAGCCAGAAAAUUCCGGAAGUUUGACCUGUUCAUCACUUUCACCGCCAACCCCCGAUGGACUGCUGUCACAAACAAUCUCUUCCCUGGGCAGCAACCUUCCGACAGACCAGAUAUCGUCAACCGAAUCUUUCAGCACAGUCUCAACGAGCUCAUUGCUGAUUUCAAACACGGUGUCCUUGGUACUGUCAAAGCGAGACUCCAUGUUAUCGAAGGACAAUUCAGAGGAAUGAAGCAUGCCCAUAUCCUUCUGCUCCUGCAAGAGACAAUCACAGUAGAUGACAUCGACAACAUCAUCCAGGCCCAAAUCCCGGACCUACACAACGAACCUAAGCUGUAUGAAAUCGUCACCAACUUCAUGCUUCAUGGACCAUGUGGUCCCGCCUUUCCAAAUGCCCCCUGUAUGAUCGAUGGCAAAUGUAGAUUUGGAUACCCAAAGAACUUCAAUGAUGAAACAACGCUUCCUGCUGACGGUCACGGAUAUCCUAUCUACAAAAGACCAGAUAAUGGCCGAACUAUUCAAAAGAACAACUUCACAUACGACAACCGCUGGGUUGUUCCCCACAAUAAGUACUUACUCCUAAAGAUGGUGGCUCACAUUAACGUUGAAUACGUCGGCUCAUUCCACACAAUCAAGUACAUCUACAAGUAUGUUCACAAGGGUUCAGAUGUUGCCACUGUCGGCAUCCAAGGACAACAAGUACAAGACAAAGAUGAGAUAGCUCAAUUCAUCAAUGCCAGAAGUAUUGAUGCAUAUGAUGCCCACUGGAGGACCAUGGAAUACAGUAUCCAAGACAGGUAUCCAGCAGUUCAGUCCCUCGCCAUACACUUGCAAGAUCAGCAAAACGUCAUCUUCAAAGAAGACAUGGCUGAAGAAGCAUUGGACACCAUGAAAGACACUACACUCAUGGCCUUCUUCAAAUUGAACCAGAAUGAUCCGGAUGCCAGAGAAUAUCUAUACGCAGACAUUCCUGAGCAUUACACGUGGCAACCUAACCAUACCUGGAAGAAGAGAGCCACUCCAUUGGCAUCCGGAGAAGUUCCAAGGUCAAUCGGAAGAAUCAAUAAUGUAUGUCCUAUCCAAGGUGAACGAUUCUAUCUGAAGUUACUCCUCGGCCACAUCAAAGGCCCCACUUCGUAUGAUGACCUUCGCAAUUACCAAGAACACGAAUACAACACCUUCAAGGAAACAGCCUUAGCCAUGGGCCUUCUUGAGGAUGACAGUGAGUGGACUGUUGCCUUGAUGGAAGUAUCGCAAUACGGAACAGGGAAACAAAUCCGUGCCACCUUUGCUGUCAUUCUUCAAUACUGCAGUCCCACAGUACCCAAGACACUGUAUGACAAGUUCUUCACAGACAUGUCGGAAGAUAUCGUAUAUCAAGAGAUGCAACUUCGUAACUGUACGCGUGAUAAAGUCAACGCCCAAACUAUACACGACAGGUUACUAACGUCCUUGAAUGAAGAAUUGUCUCUGAUGGGCGGAAGCCUCGCUAAUAUCGACGGAAUGCCCCAACCCAAUCCCUUGACAGAGGAAGAGAAAGUUGCAAUGCUCCUUAAAGACGAAAUCUACGACAAAUAUGAACAGGCAAGCAUAUUCCACAAGGAUUACCCCUCCAUAAAUGAGAAACAGGCAGAACUUUUCAACCUAAUACAACUCGCAGUCCAUUCUCAACCCGAAGACAACAUAACAAAACAAUUUGUCCUGAAUUCACCAGGAGGAUACGGCAAAACUUUCACCAUGAAACUCAUCGCUGCCAAAAUAAGACCUGAGGGGCUCAUUGUCCUCAACGUUGCCAGCACUGGCCUUGCUGCCCAAAACCUCAUUGGAGGAAGAACUGCACACAGCAGGUUCAAAAUACCAAUACCUAUAAUGGAGGAUUCCACCUGUAAUAUCAAAGCACAAUCAGCUCUAGCCAGCCUCAUCAAGAACACCAGCUUGAUAAUUUGGGAUGAAAUCUUCAGUGUUCACAGAUACAACAUCGAGUGCGUUGAAAGGACACUAAGGGACAUAAUGCAAUGUCAGGAUCCAUGGGGAGGCAUCGUUGUACUAUUAGGUGGUGACCCCCGACAAACCCCUCCUGUCGUAAAGAAAGCCGGAAGACCACAGAUUGUUCGCGCGUGCAUCCAGUUUAGUCCCCUGUAUCACAUCAUGACAAAGCACAAGUUAACGGUCAACAUGAGAACAGAUGCUCAAGAAGUGGACUUCUCCGAAUACCUACUCCGACUCGGAGACGGACAAGAGGAAUUACACGAAAGCAUUGGAGACAACAUGAUACAAAUACCAGAAAAACAUCUACUUGACACAACACAAGAACUCAUUGAUGCAAUCUUCCCUGACCUCGACCAUGGAUGUGGCAAUGCUCAAAACCUUACAGCAGGUACAAUCUACACUCCACUGAACAAAAAUGUACAUCACCUCAAUGACCAAUGUCUUGCAAAGUUCCCAGGAGUAACAACUACAUACCUCUCGGCUGACUCCAUUCACGAAGAUCAGCAUAAAGAAGCCAUUCCUACCGAAUACCUCAACAGCUUGACACCCUCAGGACUACCUGACCAUGAACUCAAACUCAAAGUUGGCUGCCCUGUCAUGCUGCUCAGAAAUCUACAAGGUGGACCAAGCUGCAGUCUCAGGAAUGGAACCAGGAUGACUGUCAUCAAGAUGAUGCAAAGAACCAUCGAGUGUCAAGUGUCAACUGGCAUUAAUAACGGCCUCAGAGUUUUCUUACCAAGAAUUCCACACCAUGACAGAUCAGGCGAUGACUUCCCUUUCACUAUCGUCAGACGACAGUUCCCCAUUAGACUAUCAUGGGCAGUGACAAUCAACAAGGGCCAAGGCCAGGAAAAUGACCGCGUAGGAAUCUACCUUCCCAACCCUGUCUUUGCACAUGGUCAACUCUACACAGCCUUCUCCAGAGGAAAGAGAGCAGCUGAUGUCAAAGUGCUCAUCGAAGCAGACGACGCUCCUUACACAAAAAACAUUGUUUACCAUGAACUAUUAUAA